AUGGCCCACUGGAGAGAGGAGUACUCCGCCGCUCUGGCGGCUCGCGAUCGACGAGAAAAAGCCAACGUUGCUAUCUUAAAUGCCUCAGCAACGGCUGUCAACAGUGCCCAAAGCUCUACCCCGACAGACAGUCAUAAUGAUAUCCCCCAACCUCUAGUGCCAGAUCCCAUGAAACAAGGUGUAGCGUCGUCGGGAUCUUCUCUCCAGGAUGCUUUAGCUGCAGCGCGCACAGAUCUAUCUGAGGCGCAACGGUCCCGAUCAGAGCUACAGGAUCGGCUUACUCGCACAACGGCCGAGCUAGAGAAACUGCGAAAACGAAGCUCCCAGGACUCACGUCGCAUUGCUGCGCUAGAAAAAGAAGUUGCUCAGUUGCAACUACGAUUGAAGGAUAGGGACGAGGAGUUGAAGGGAAAGGCAAAAUUGCUAGAUGAUUUCCAAGACGAGCUUGCAUCGCUAAACCUGCAGCUCAAUAUGGCCGAGGAGCGGUCCAACAGGCUACAGAAGGAAAACCAGGAGUUAGUCGACCGUUGGAUGGCAAGGAUGGGUAAAGAAGCGGAGGCGAUGAACGAAGCCUCGCGAUUUUCAUGAUGUUUACGAGAUUUGAGGCAGCAGAAACUAUUCUUAUUGUUUCUAGAGCACUCCCAAACCGGGCUAAGAUUGCGGGCUUCCUCGAGGCUGUAUGCAGAUCUGUAUCAACCAUAUCUAUACCAUACUUGCAUGAUACCCACUUAUUCACUGACCCCAGUGGCGCAACUCAAGCAUUGCAAUACCUUGUACGACGUGCCAGGAAAACCCAGGACAUUUAAGAAGAGGCCAAAAAGAGGCUCCUGUGCACAACAGGUGAAGAGCCAAAAACAGACAUCCCAGAGAAAUGAAGAAAUCAUGCCAACAUUUAUACAAGAACAGUGGUAUCAUAUCUUCGAGACAAGUAACUAUUUCCAAAAAAGAAAUAAAAGAUAAAAAAGGAGGUAAGAAUAGGAAAAUAAUACACCGAAGAAAGGUCUACAGGGAAUUGUAUGUAGUAUUUAUCAGCCCAGGAUAAACAA